CAGAGUUGCGCUCCGGGGCCACGGGCGAGGAGAGACAUGGAGGCAGUGGCCACUCAGUGUCCCCAGCCGCCGUCCGCGAGUUCCCAGACUGGGCUUUCUCAAGCCGACCUUUCGGCUGGUCCCUCCCACAACUGCAGCGCCGCCGAGGAGUACAUUUACCAGGACUUCAUCGCCCUGCCCUGGAAAGUAGUCGUGGUCCUGCUGCUGGCGCUCUUCACCUUGGCCACCACGCUCUCCAACGCCUUUGUGAUCGCCACUGUGUACCGGACGCGGAAGCUGCAUACCCCGGCCAACUACCUGAUCGCCUCCUUGGCGGUCACCGACCUGCUCGUGUCCAUCCUGGUGAUGCCCAUCAGUACCAUGUACACGGUCACCGGCCGCUGGACGCUGGGCCAGGUGGUCUGCGACUUCUGGCUGUCGUCGGACAUCACCUGUUGCACAGCCUCCAUCCUGCACCUCUGUGUCAUCGCCCUGGACCGCUGCUGGGCCAUUACGGACGCCGUGGAGUACUCGGCGAAAAGGACUCCCAAGAGGGCCGCGGUCAUGAUCGCGCUGGUGUGGGUCUUCUCCAUCUGCAUCUCGCUGCCGCCCUUCUUCUGGCGGCAGGCCAAAGCUGAGGCGAUGUCGAACUGCGUGGUGAACACCGACCACGUCCUGUACACCGUCUACUCCACGGUGGGCGCUUUCUACUUCCCCACCCUGCUCCUCAUCGCCCUCUAUGGCCGCAUCUACGUGGAAGCCCGCUCCCGGAUUUUGAAACAGACGCCCAACAGAACCGGUAAGCGUCUGACCCGAGCCCAGCUGAUUACCGACUCCCCCGGGUCCACGUCUUCGGUCACCUCGAUUAACUCGCGGGCUCCGGAGGUACCCAGCGAAUCCGGGUCUCCUGUGUACGUGAACCAAGUCAAAGUGCGCGUCUCCGACGCCCUGCUGGAGAAGAAGAAACUCAUGGCCGCUAGGGAGCGCAAAGCCACCAAGACCCUGGGGAUCAUUCUGGGCGCGUUCAUCGUGUGUUGGCUGCCCUUCUUCAUCAUCUCCCUGGUCAUCCCGAUCUGCACAUCCUGCUGGUUCCACCAGGCCAUUUUUGACUUCUUCACGUGGCUGGGCUAUCUCAACUCCCUCAUCAACCCCAUCAUCUACACCAUGUCCAACGAGGACUUCAAACAAGCUUUCCAUAAACUCAUAGGCUUCAAGUGCACGAACUGA